AUAACUUCCAUUCCAUACCCCCUAAAAAAAAACAAUACUCUGGUCCAUCUUCUGGUCGCCAUCCCUAAAAAAAAAACACUCUGGUCGCCGGUUCGACGCCGCCGCCGGCUCCGCCUCUUCCUCGCACGCUUGCGGCGCCUCCCGCCCACGCUACGUCGGCGACCAGUCCCUGCUAGCCCCCCACCCAAGCCUGCUUCGCCGCCCCUUGUCUCCAGUCCAGCUCCGGCGGUGAUGGCGACCGAGCAGCCGUCGGAGAAGAAGAAGCCGCCGCCGGAGAAGAAGGCCCCGCUCCCCAAGGUGGUCACGCUCAACAAGGCGCUCAAGCUGGCCCAGACAUGGGUGGACGGAAUGAGUGCGCUGGAGCCGGAUGAACUGAAUGAUAAAGAUUUUGAGGGUCGGCCUUCAGGGCUUGGCCUUGGAGCUAAAGUGGCGCCGAAUGCGAAGCGGGCAGCUCCCACUGAUCCGGUGGAGAGGAGGUUGCUCGGAAAGGUGAAUGCGCAGAAGAGGAAGUCUGCCGAGGAGGAGAAAACAAAUGCUCAGGAGGUGAAUGAGGCAAGCGAUGAUGAUAGCGGUGAGCCUCAAGGUAGAACCAGUGCUUGUAGCAAGAAGAGACACUUGCCUUCUGUUACUUCAAUGCCAUUAGGGAAGAAGGCCAAGUGACAGUUUAUAUGCAUGAAACCAUCUGAACAUUCAUACAUGGCUUGAUGUUCUAGACACGGUUUUACGAACCCCUAGGUGAUUCUGUUACCAUGUACUGCAAGGGCAUAGUUCAACUGGAUAUUUUUCAUUCUUAUUGGCAACUCAAUUUGAGAAGUUCCAGUGUUGUCCGUCUGAAGUUGAA